AUGAAUUACCAAAAUAUUCUUGCGAUCAUCAUCCUGGUCACUUCAAAAGAUGUCUCAAGUUCCAUUGUCCCAGCUCAUGUGUCAACUAACACAGCUUCUGGUUCACAUUUUUUUCAAACAAAUGAAUCACACAUUGUAUGGGAUCCACUCACCCAGCAACACUUGGAUCUAUAUAAGGAGAUACAAGACUUUCAUGAUCAACUGUUAGCUGAUUAUGUACCGCCAGAUGAAAACGGAACCCAAAAUUUGUCACCUCCUCAGCAGAUGUAUAUGGACUAUGAUUCAGAAAGAAAAGAAAAAUCAAAAAAUGAAGUCUUAUAUGACAAGAAACUAACAGGCAUUGAAUUGGAAGUAAAAUCAAGAUUAGACCAAAUAGAGAGGGAUUUGAAUGAGAUUGAACGUUGUCCAAAUGGUCAGCUGAUGUAUAAAGGCAAGAAUGUCUAUACUGCAGAUCAAUUAAAACAUAUUGAAAAGAAAGUCAAGAGUUUGAAACCUGGAUUUGAUUAUGUUUAUCUUGGUGAUGGAAAAUUUGUUAGGAUUGAGAAAGAAGCUUGGGAUUUGUCUGGAGCUUGUGGUAGAGUUAGGGCAUUUGAUUCUGAUUUGAAGACCCUUUUGUAUGAAACUGGUUAUUUUCAUUCUAAUUGGAGUUCAUUGGCUCCAGGUGAUUUGACAUUAGCAGAAGGGCUUCUUUAUUUGGGUUGGUGUAUACCAUAUAAAAUAGCAAACCAUUUCAUUGAAAAAUAUUGGGAAACUGUCCAAGAAAAGUAUUUGAUGGGAUUAAAGGCUUUAUUUUCUAGCUGA